UCUACUAGCUUGGAGAUUGCUAAAGCUAUCCAUCUUGUAUUAUCGUGAACUGUAGGGAACGACUCUGCGUCAUAUAUUACAAGAAAUGAAGCGUUACAAAGACGAGAGCGCAGUAAACACUUAAUGAAAAGCAAUGAAGCAUAUCACGAAAGUGGCAUUGCCUCUUCAAAACUUCAACUGCAUGUAGUUUUUCUUACGCAUCGCUCGCGUUUCAUAUAGUGUGAUAUGUAAUGCUAAAAAGCUAUGUCUGACCGUCACUUGGGGCUCUAAUCACCAUUAUUUUUUUCAUUGUAUGGGAAUUCGAUCGUUACCUCAUAUUUAAAUGAUCAAGUUACCCGCCCACUCAUUUAGAAGAUUUUGUUUCACGUCUUAUUUGCAGUCAAGUUUGUGUUAUAAUAUGAAACCGGUGCGGCGUCUGGCACGUGCAUCCGACACGCAUCACGAGCCAAAGUCAUCCAGUGCGCCCUCGCUCUUCGCGGCAUCUGUACGCAUGGAGACUCAACUCGCGAAAGCCUUAACAUAACAUGAAAACAACCAACCUAUUAGUGUUGUGACAAUCAAUUUGCUUCUCAAGAAAACUUUUCGUGACGGCGACACUUGAAGCCAGAAGACAGAUGUCUGUACUGCGAGACUUGGGUAGCUGAGGGCCGGCGUGGCCUUAUGGAGGGACUGGCGCUGCCUACACUGCUUCUUAUAGCGGUGCUACAACUGACCAUCACUGACUCAGCUCGGUUUGGUGACCGCCUCGCCCCUAGGAAACCCGCGCCUUACUCGCCUCGCAAUGCAAAUCCAGGACAAACUUUUGCACAAAACGAUGAAGCCACUUACGAACAAGAUUUUGAUAAGCACAUCCUAGCUUUUGAAUAUGACGAGCCAAAACUGGAAACGGAAGCUCCCCAUCGACGCCCCGCUCGGACGGAAGCACAUCGCUUGGAAAUGAGUACAGAAUACUUCGUGAUACCGGAAAAGAUAUCUACGUCAUCUUCAACAUCGAUUCCUCACCGCCCAAAAGUUAUUGCCACAGCGCGGCCGCAUAACAUGACCAUGCCGGCCACAAAAGUCGCAACUUUGACGGCUUUAAGACUUGAACCGUGGGCGGUUCCAAUUUUAGCAUUAGCGAGCGUAAUCAUGCUAAUUAUUUGCGGCUUCGAGGCUUUCGUUAUUUGGGGCGCCAGUCGCAGAGCGCCGAGCCACAGACAUUUGCUCUUAGGACAGACGUUGCUCUUCGGGCUUUUUCUUUGCGCAGGCACCGCAGCCCUGUAUGUCGCAUCGCCUACGACCUUCACCUGCGGGGCUGUACGUUUUGCGACCGGAGUGGCGUACGUGAUCGUGUUCGUGACAUUAUUAGUGAAAUGUGUAUUUCUGUUAAGUCUAAACGGUGGCGUAUACCUCCCCGCCGCUUACCAAGGACUUCUGUUAUUUUUUGCGAUCAUGAUACAGGUCGCCAUCGGGGCGCAGUGGCUAGGCGGGUCGCCGCCACGAGUGGCACCCAGUGGGACGAGGUGCCAGACGGCGUUGUCCGAUCUAUUACUAUCUUUGUGUUACGCUGCAUUUCUAAUAGCCGUGGUGUGCGGGGUUGCACUUCGAUCGCGCGGUAUCCGGGACAACUAUCGCGAAGCCACGCAUAUUGCAGCCGCGAGUGGCGCGACGGCUGCAGUGUGGGUGUGCUGGGUUGCGGCGGCUCUCGGGGCUCCCGAUCAGCACAAAGACGCGUGCGUGGCGGCCGGAUUAUUGGCUACGUGCGCCGUAGUCUUUGCUCUUAUGUUCGCUCCGAAAGGUCGCCGCUUGGCCGCCCUGGGCCGAGAGGGCCGCUGGGACGCCGAUCGCGAGGAAGGCCUCAGCUCCCUGGGCGCGGGUGGUUCCGGUUAUUCGCCUUCGUUCUUUCACUUCAAGCCGGUCAAGUACGGCAUGGUUUCGGCGGCGGCGCCGGCGAUGGCUUCAUCGAUCUCGGAUCGCAAGGAGCCCCCAGCUCAGCAAGCCGAUCCGUUCGGCAUCUUCGUGACCUCACACCAUCACAGACGCACCGCGUGCGCCCCGCACUAUCCCAUGCACCUACUAACGCACUAUAACUACAAUCAUUACCCACCCUAUCACUACAUGUUACCACCAGGCGUGAUGGUGCGCGCAGAAGAGGCCAACGUGUACACGAGCGUGGAGCCGACCUUCAGCAGCAAUCCCAACGUGUUCUUCCAACGCACGGACCCUUUGCACGUCGGCAUGAUGUACUGAAUACUGAGCCCCGCGCAAUCACGCGUUCCCGCGGGAACACUGAAUUUGGACGGAGAAAUUUUUGAUGUUUGAUCUAUAGAUCAAUGGCAUUGUGUGACAUAAAGAAUCUGCUUCUUACUCGAUUUCAGAGAUUAGUUUAAUUUUAUUGUUCAACAAUAUUUUAUACUUAAAUCAUUUUUAAUAUGUGGUAGACAUAGAUUUUGCUUUACUUACUUCUAAAU